GGGAGCGCGCAGCACGCCCCCGCGCCCGUCCAUCAAUGCUACAUCCGAGGUGAGAGAGAACAUGACGGCCCGGUCUGUGCGCUCCCUGUCCGGAGCCCUGAAGCCCCUGUUCAGCUGCCAUUUGGCCAGGGUUUAUGGUGCAGCUGCAUGCAACCAGAGACACAAGUCCACUUACACUACCAUCCCUCCUCCAGCACGAUACGGAGGCCGGCACACCGUGACUCUGAUUCCUGGAGAUGGCAUUGGACCUGAGCUGGCACACCAUGUUCGUGAACUUUUCCGGUUCUGCUGUGUGCCAGUGGAUUUUGAAAUUGCCAAUGUGGACUCAACCAUGGCAUCAGAAGAUGACAUAAAUAGCGCCAUAGUAUCUAUCAGACGCAAUGGAGUUGCACUGAAAGGAAACAUUGAAACAAACCACAACUUGCCACCGUCCUACAAGUCCAGAAACAACCUGCUCCGCACCACUCUGGAUCUGUACGCCAACGUGAUGCACUGUCAGUCUCUGCCUGGAGUGAUGACACGCCACAGAAACAUCGACAUCAUGAUCAUCAGGGAGAACACAGAGGGAGAGUACAGCAGCCUGGAGCACGAGCAGAACGUCCCAGGCGUGGUUGAAUGUCUCAAGAUCAUCACAAAGACUAAAUCUUUACGCAUCGCUGACUACGCCUUCAGGACAGCUCGGGCUAAAGGACGCAGACGAGUCACUGCUGUUCACAAAGCUAACAUCAUGAAGUUGGGUGACGGCCUCUUCCUGGAGUGCUGUAAGGAGGUCGCCAGUGGCUACCCUGAAAUCAGCUUUGACAGCAUGAUCGUGGACAACACCUCAAUGCAGCUGGUUUCCAGGCCUCAGCAGUUUGACGUGAUGGUCAUGCCGAACCUCUACGGCAACAUCGUGAGCAACGUGUGUGCCGGGCUGGUUGGUGGACCUGGUCUGGUUCCUGGAGCCAACUAUGGAGAGGACUACGCUGUGUUUGAAACGGGAACCAGGAACACUGGAAAGAGCAUCGCUAACCGAAACACGGCAAACCCCACCGCCAUGCUGCUGGCCUCCUGUCUGCUGCUGGAUCACCUGAAGCUCCACGCUUAUGCCAGCAUGAUCCGCAGAGCCAUCAUCUCAACGGUCACAGAGACACGGCUGCACACUGCUGACCUGGGAGGCCAAGGCUCCACCUCUGACGUGGUUCAGUCCAUCAUGAACGCCAUUCAGAGCACCGGGCCGAUGACUCAGUGUGUAGAAAAACCACAUUAAUAAACAAACCGCAGUGGUGUUUUAGUAGUCCUCUCCUCAGAGAAUCCUCUAUGCAAUAUUUAGUAAAAAUAGCAAACUACUGAUUGUAACAUGGAAUGAAACUGCAGGUAAACAGUUUCUUUGUCUAUGCAAGAGUUUGAUAUUAAAAUAGAUUGUUUAUCCUUAUUUACUGUAUGAAACUACAAGAUACCUCAAGUCUUUCCAUGUUUGUCCUUGGUUAUUUAUUGUGUUUUUGAGUUCAAUCAAUCAUUCUUGUAUGUAUUUAACUGAUUUUGAACUCAGUACAUCUCUCCUACUGCUGAAUGUACUCCUCUGAAUGUUCAACUAUGACCUUGACCUCAAUAAAGACGGUUCUGUCCUU